AUGAAACUCGACCUUGCUGAGCCACUUAACAGGUUGGUGGGCUCGAAAUAUCUCUCUGCAAAGUCAUCGGGAAGUCUGGUCUUCUCGCCUACAGAGCUUACAAUCAUCUAUUCAAGAAGUGGAAUUCCGGUAAUUUCUAGUUCCACAACCACAAGCAUGCUUCUAGAUCUAAUCCCAGUCCAGUUCCAGCUUCGGUACUGUCCUGCACUUUCGAAGAAGCCUGGAGCUAGCAAACCUGAAUCUGGAGCAUCGCAACCAAAGUCAAAGCCCGACCCUUUCGAGAACCCAAAGGGUCUACUGGUGACUCGGCUGCCCGAUCAGUCCCAUGGAACGCACAAUCUUGUGCUUAACAAGUAUCCUGUGAUACCUCGACACAGUAUACUUUCCACUAUCGAGUUUAAGAAACAGACUGAUUUUCUUGAGGACCAGGACCUCGAGGUUACCUAUUCUUGUCUACAGCUAUGGGAAGCCGAGUCAACGGAUGAAGUGAUGUCGCGGCUUUUCGCGUUUUUCAACUCUGGUGAGCACAGCGGUGCUAGCCAAAAUCGUAGACAUUUGCAAAUUCUGCCUGUCAGGGAUAUGAUGGGUCCAGAGUCACAAAAGCCUGAAUGGAAGCCAUUGAUCGACUUACUAAUGACGGAGCCAUUGCCCGACCAACCGAGCAUAUUGCGCAACCCCUUAUUACCCUUUUGUCAUUAUGCCAUGAGGAUACCUCCCAGCCCAGGUGCCGGGAUACUGAACCAGAUCUAUCAAUGUCUUUACGAUCGUGCAAGCAGUUCGCUGCAAUCAUGGAAUGAAGAGUGCUCUCCUGAGCAGACAGCAUUGAACAGCUACGCUGGAGAAGCAUCGAUUAGCUAUAAUCUUGCCAUGACUACUCAAGCUAUGGCUAUAUGUCCCCGUCGAAGUGAGACUGCUGUGGUACCAACAGCUAAUGGUGAAGGUUCUGUCGCUGUGAACGGUACAAUCCUAGCUGGCACGUUGAUGGUCAAGGAGAAGAGCGAAUGGGACGCUAUCCGCCAGGGCCAGGUCGUCAUUGACGAAGUCCUGGCGGAGAUUGGCAUACCACAGUCAAGUUAUUCAGGGAGACCUUCGAGCACUCGGCUAUAG